AUGAUAUUUCAUUUGAAGACCCACAAAUUGCUAACAACUGCUUCAGAAAUCGCUCGUUUGAAAAGUGUUCAAAGCAUAUACUCAAAAAGACGUUCAUUCACACGUAACAUUGACAAAUUUUGGAAUAUUGUAUUAUCACAACAUCCGGAGUUCUCAGAGUACAUUAGAUCUUCAGAUUUCAAAUUCUUAGAACUAAUUAAAGAUAUAUACGUCUCUUGGGAUGUUGCUAGUACAUCAGCUUCAGAAGAUUCAACACCAGGUGAUUUCUCAAUAACUUUUGAGUUCGAAGGGUUAGAUGAUGAUUUCCCAGAACAAACUAUAGUGAAAAAAUUCAAACUAGAAACUUUUGAUCCUGAAGACUUACCAAAAUCUAAAUCUAAGAAAAGAGAUAUUGAUAAUAGUGAUGAUGAAGCUGAUGCUGAUGAAACUGAAAGACUAGUUUCUGAAAGUAUUGAUAUAAUAUGGCCAAAGUCUUAUGAUUCUAUAAAUCCAUCAAAAAUUCAAGAUAAAAAAUCAGAUGCAGGUAAAAAGAAUUAUAGAGCUGGUAUGAAGAGUUUCUUUGGCUGGUUCAAAUGGACUGGUCGUAAACCUGGUAAAGAAUUUCCAAGUGGUGAUGAUUUUGCAAGACUAUUUUCAGAAGAAAUCUUCCCAUAUGCUGUUAAAUACUAUACUGAAGCUCAAAGAGAUGGGUUAGAAGAAGAAGAAGAUUCUGAUGCUAGUGAGCCAUUAGAUUUGAGUGAUGAAGAGGGUGAUAGCAGAGGUACUAAAAGAAAACACGAAGAAGAUGACGAAUAA